GGGAGGGAUGAAGUCAUGUCCAUUUCUCGCAGCCCAGAGAGAGAUCUGCUGUAGAAACUGUUUCCUAUCAUCCCUCUUGUGUGUUUGCCCAGAGAGAGACUGAAAGUUACAAAUUGCUGCCAUUAACUCAUCAAACAGUCCCUCUCCCAGUGAACCUUGGCCAUUGGCCAAGAGCCGGCCACGUGAUCCCUCCUGCCAAUGUAUCGAAUUUCAGCUGGCUUUUCCUCGGGCUCCUGGACGGGGAAGUGCCCCAUUUGACAUGGUGCAAGGCGGCCCAGGGCGCGGGACAAGGGGGCUAGCGCGGGUGGGGGCCAGGCCCAUGAGAGGAGGAUGAACCCUCAGCCGGAGCUGGGCUGGGGGGGAGAGAGCAGGGCUGGCUCUGCGGGGAUCUGCCCUGGGGAGCAGAGACUCCGGCAUUUGCAGCAGAGGCCGCGCAACAUCCGCUGUGCUGGGGAAGAUCGCUGCGUGCCGGGAAGGGAGCUCCCAAUUGCAGGGCCCCACCCGCCGCAUAUCCCCUCCCCGCCCGGCCAGCCCCAUCCUUUCCCCGCUCCCUCUCGUUAUCCCGCGGCUGGGCCCAGGCCCCUUUACACCCCCAGCCAACCUCCCAGCGCCGCUUUCUCCCCAAGUUAUAACUCAUCCUGCUGCAGUCCCUACCCACCCAGCUCUCCUGACCCCGACUUUCCCGGGGGGGGCCUGCCCCUCUCCUCCUCCGCCUACCCAGCUUGCCUUAUUGGACCCCGCUCCGGGGGUCGGGGAGUGGAUCGGUACCACGCCUGUAGCCAGGACCCCCCCAGCUGUAACUCUCUGGUGGUGCCAGAAGAUAGAGGGGACCUCUCUCAGGAUGUUUACGGUGACACGAAAACUUUUGAGUGGAUGAGAGUCAAAAGGAACCUUCCCAGAACAGUGAAAUCAGGAGACUGUGGCUUUGCUGGGGAGACAAACGCAGUCUCUCCCAGGACAAACUUCAGCACCAAGCAACUGACCGAACUGGAGAAAGAAUUCCACUUCAACAAGUACCUGACCCGGGCCAGGCGGGUUGAGAUCGCCUGUGCCUUGCAGCUCAACGAAACCCAGGUGAAGAUCUGGUUCCAGAACCGCAGGAUGAAGCAGAAGAAGAGGGAGAGGGCGAGUUUCCCUGAGGGAUCGGCUGGCUGCAAUGGACCGGAGUCCUCCUCUGACAAAUCAGACAUCACCUCCCCAGCUACCUCUCCUAGCAGAAGUAACGAGGCUACCACGCCUCCAAUCUGACCGAGGCUCUUGCUUUGUUAGAACUUCUGUUCUGAUCUCGGACAGAGAAACAGAAGAGAGACUUUCCCAUCAGAAAAGAUCCACUCAGCCCCCUGCAUUCAUCUUGCUGGGGAAGAGAGAAGGGUGCAGUGCUCCUGGCAAACUUUGCAAUGGACUUGGGGAUGAAAGCGCACACCAAAAACAUGUGCAGAGACUUCCAGACUCACCACCAUUACCACCACCAAUAGCACAGGUGCCAGCAUUGUGCUGUUAAAUCGGUGUCCUUCCAAUAGAUGCAGGUGGUAUAUUAAUAAAUGCUGUGCUUAAAAAAAGCCACUUUCCCCUCAAAAUUCCUAGAGCAGAGGUGAAUAGAGAGGGUCAAAUAUUUUUUUUCAAAAACAUGAACUUUUUACAAAAAAUGCAGCCAACAAAAAGUUUUCACACACUCUUGAUUCUUUGUGAGUAGUUGUGACAUUUUUUCCACUAAAAGUUUCAAUUACAUUUUUAUUCACAAUACAGUUCUACUUUUUCCACAAAAAGUUUCUACAACAUCUUUAGUCAC